UCCCCCGCCACCCUCCAGCCUUGCCCACCCACCUCUGAUCUAGGUAGAUCCUCCACCCUUUAGAGCGAUCUCCCUUUCCUUCUCCUCGGGGGUUUCUUCCCCUCUUUCUUUCUCCCGACUUGCUCUUGAGUUCUCCUUUCUUUUUCUUUAGGACUGGUCCUUCCCUUCUAUGAGACACUAAAGGGGAGCAGAUACCUUGUUCUGUACAUACCCCCAUUAUUGAUUUUGGGGAGUGGGGGGGAAAGGUAGGUGACAGCUGCCAUAAACAGAAGGAUUUGGUCUUUCUUUCUUUCUCAUCACGUCGGUAGCGCUAAACGGGUUUCGUGGCUGCUUGGAGAUGGAGGUGGCUGAUUUUAAACUGAUAUUGGGAGCCCAGUGCUAACUCUACCAAGUCUUUGGGUGAAUAAUCAGCUUGGAUUCAUCUGCCAGGAUGUUUUGGCAUUGCUUGCCACCGGCUGUGCCUGCUGGGUAGAUGCUCCCAGUCUUGGAUCCUUUCUUAAGAAUCAUCUUAUAUCACUAUAACUGGUUUUGGAUAACUUUGCUGCUGCCUGGAUUGUUACUUCGGGACUGCUGCCUGCCCCUGUCGAAGAUGUCAUUGUUGUCUUUUUCUUUGUGACCCUUUCAGGCUGGGGUAUGUUCUGCCAGACACAUUCUUAAGGAGAUCUUGGAUUUAUAAUGCUCACGGUUUUGCUUGGAUCACUGCCUGCCACUGCCAGUUGACUUUGUCAUCUUGAUAGGUGGCCCAAAGAUCUCUUAUCUCCUCCUGGACAUUAUAGUGGCAUCCUUCUACAGGAUGAUAGCACAAGAUGCAUGGUGGCACCAACUGCACCUUGCUGUGAAACUUAGGUGCAGGGAUGAGAGUUGAGAACAAAGAUUUUGGAAUAUCACCCAAGCAGGACUUGGUACUGCACCCCAAGGAAAUCACUCAUAUUCUUAUACAAAACUUAUGGAGCUGCAGAGACAUUCCAAAUCUAUAAGGGAUCCUCAUAAAUUCUCAGAAACAUUGGAUUGCCUGCAAGAACCCAAAAGCAAUGUGGGACAGCACAUCAAGCUGGAGAUGGGGGUUGAGGGAGAGGAUGCCCAUUCUUCACCUCCUAAACUCUCUCGGCCACCAGCACCUUCUCCUAGCGACACCCUUGUUCAGAGUUUGAAUGGCUUACCGGGAGCAGACAGGCGGGUACACGCUCCAGGCGUGACUACAACAGGCCUCGACCAAGGAGAAACCUCUCGACUAGGGCAUUACCUGUUGAUUGACAGUCAGGGGCUGCCCUACACUGUACUGGUAGAAGAGGGAGUGGGGACACCAGGGGGCCCCGAAGUGGGUGGGAGCGGGGGAACCUUGCGCAAGGUAUACAGCUGUCCUGUGUGCUUGCGAACAUUCGAGUACCUGUCUUACCUGCAGCGCCACAGCAUUACUCACUCAGAAAGCAAGCCCCACAUCUGCCGGGCAUGUGGCAAAGCUUUCAAGCGCACUUCCCACUUGGAGCGCCAUAAGUAUACCCACUCGGGCCGGAAGCCUCAUCAGUGCCCCAUCUGCCAGCGCCGUUUCCGUGACUCUGGAGAGCUUUCCCAUCACCAGCGGGUGCACACUGGUGAGCGGCCUUACCAGUGUGAAGCAUGCCACAUGCGCUUCGGGGAACGCAACACCCUCCAGAGGCACAUCCGCCGGAAGCAUCGUUUGCAGCUCCUCCCCACGCCAUGGUGCUCCAGAAGGGGAUGGUGGAUCAUGAAAACUGGCAUGCCUUGAAGAUCAGAGCAUUCACACAUUAAGAGUCUGGAAGAGGUUAUAGUGAAUCAUCAUGAUUACAGCAAAGGUCAAGGUACAGGUGAGUAGAUUGAUUCCUCAGAAUGUCUCUGGAUAAGGAGAGGAAGGAGAUUGCCCAAUUGUGCUCUGGCUGGCUGUUCCCCACAAGCAGACCAUAGGAUGGCUUUCUGCAGGUUUGAGUAUGGAAGAUGAUAGGAUUAGUCAUCUUGAUCAAACUAUGGUGAUGAUUUUCAGAGGAAAUCAUGUUUGCAAACACUGCCUUUAAUCCUGGACCAAGGAAAACUUUAAGCUUAAGAAUUUAAAGAGUCUGAAAUAAACAACAAAAAAGUAAAUAAGAGUUUAAUCUUAGAAGGUUAUAAACAGACUAAGGGACCAGACAAAAUUGGAAUAUUGAAACAUUUACAAUAAGAUGUUAGAAUUAUUGGACUUCCAGUUUGGCAUCGCGGCGAGACAGUCGGGGAAUUAGCGGGCUCCGAUGAGCUCCACGAAAACUCCAGCUGACGAACUGCUGCCGAUGGGUCUGUGGACCAGAACCAUCCUGUAGGGAUUGGGAAGAAAGAGAGGUGCCUCGGAUGACCAAGAGGAACAGGUAAGUUCCUCGAAGGUUGGAGGGAACUCUCUGUGACUCGGCAGCCGGAGAUGGCAGCCAUGGCGCCUGCCACGAAGCUGGGACAACCGGACUAAGUAUGGAGCUGGAGAGAGGAGAGGAACGGAACAGAGUUUUUUGAAGCCGGGUGAGUGACAGCCAACCCAGGCAUGAAAUAACAACAAGGGAAACAUCUUUUAACUAUAAGACCCCUAAUGAUAAAUAGCGGCUAAGGAGCGUGGGGGCAAAGAAGAUUUUGAAACGUAACUUUAAAGAGACAAAAACCCGAUUGGAAAUUGAUUUUUGAACAAACUAUUUGGAAACCUUAAACAAUUAGAUAAUGGUCAAAGGAUUGGAAAGAAAUAAAGAGAUCCUUUUUUUUCUUCUUUUUAAAUUUCAAGAAAAACAAAGAGAAUGGAUAAUAAGCUUUAAAAAAGAAAUGAUGUACAAAUAAAAGGAAAAAAAGGGGGAAAAAGAAGUGAGAAGAGCUAUUCAAAUUUGGACUGGACUUUAAAUAUGAUUGGGUACUUCUAAACCUUAAAGAAAAAGAGAAGCUAAAUAAGAUUGUUAUGUAAUUGAAACAAAAUGGAUACUUUUUAAACAACCAGAAAUUCUGGAUUGCAGAGAAACACCAUCUGGAGUAAAAAGGAAUAUUGCAACUUGGUUUUUGUUUUGGAAAAUUGUGGACUUCGCAGAUAACAUCCAUGAGAACUUAAGGGGGAGGAUUUUCUUGUCUACAAGAGGCUUGACUUUGGGGGGGGGGGAAAUAAAAAGAACGGAUCAUAACGGAACUCUUACAAUUGGAAUAAUAUUAAUCUAAAAAGAAAAAUGGUGCAGGAAUUAGAGAAGGAACAAAUUGAUCUAUUUAACUUGGACAAUGGAAAUAAGAGAAAUAACUAUAAUAUUGCACAGAGGAUAAAAAUUUGAGGAUACAGAAGUUGAAAUGGAGUAUACAUAAGUGGACAAGAAAAUGAAGAUGGAGGAAUAAGACAUAGAGGUAAAGAAUAAAGAAGACAAAGACAAUGUGAUUAAAUAUGAAUAAGUAAUUGAUCAUGUGAAUAGUAAUAAUAAAAAGGAGGUCUCGAGAUUAUAUUGAGAUUAACAAUAACAUAAUGAUGAUUACACUGGGAUUAACAGUGAAUGAUAAAAGAAUAAAAGGUUGGGAAAUAUUAAAGAAAAUAAAAAAGUUCAGGACUUGGAUUUAUAAAAUGACUAUAUUGUGAUUAAUAAAUAUGAGAAGAAAUAUGUUACAGAUACUUAGAAAUAAAAUAUGGAUUGAAGCUAAAACAUACGAGAAAUAGACUAUGUUAAAAGAAAAUAUGUCAAUGGAUAUAAUGAAUCAAUUUUUUAUUAAGAUGUUAGAAGGUAUUAUUUGAGAAAAUUGAUGGCUAUAAUAAUUGGGAUAUUGUUUAAAUACUUAAAACAAUUGUAACAAUUUGAAUACUUUUAAUAAUAUAUUUAUUUAAGUAAAAGAUGAUUGCUGGGAUUAACAGUGGGGGAAGAUGAUUACACUGGAAUUAACAGUGGAAUAAAGAUGAUUACACUGGGAUUAACAGUGGAAUGAUAAAAGAAAAGGUUAAAUUAGAUCUUGUAAAAAGAAAACAUAAUAAUGGACAUAAUGAAUCAAUUUCUAUUAAGACGCUGGAUGGUAUUAUUUGAGAAAACUGAUAGAGAUAAUAAUAGGGAUAUUGUUUAAAUAUGUAUAACAAUUGUAAUAAGUUGAACAUUUUCUACUUAAGCAAAAAAGAAAACAAAAUUGAAACAAUAUAUGAUUAUGAUUUACAAACAAAAAUUAUUUAAUUAGUGUGUAUAAGAUUUAAAUUUGAUAAAGUAAUACUGGAAUAAAGAUUUAAUGAGAACUACAUGAAGUAAUAAAUAAAUGUAAGGAAGUUUUAGAAAUGGAAAUAAUUUUGAAAUAUAAACAUGUUUGAACUGUAUUGUUAAUAGUGAGAACUUAGGGUAAGAAUUGUGAAAUGUAGUAUGAGGUAUUAAUUGAAUUAAGAUUUAAGAUGGGUUAAUAGAAGGGUAAUUGUUUUUUAUUAAGUAAAUAUGAGUAAACUUUUUCUAAGAUGGUAUUAGUUGAAAUAUAUGAUUUAAGAUUAAGAAAUAAGUGUUAUGGCAAAACAGAAUAUAUAAAAUUUGUUAAAGAUGACAAAAAAUUGAACAAAUUGAUGACCAGUCAAAGCUCUGUUCGAAAAAGAUGUAAUUUGUGUGUUGGAAAAAAAAAUAAAAAAAACUUUGCAAAAAAAAUUUUUUUUUUAGAAUUAUUUAUAAAAUACAAACAGUGGCUUGUGAGAAGUAGAUCCUGUUUUGCUUUUUGCAAGACACAAACAAUAAGAUUUCAAAAACUGAACAUUAGAGAGAACUAAGGAUUUUAGGUAAAGGAAAUAUAACAGGCCUGCCAAGUUGGUUAUGACAAUAAAAAUACUGAGGGAGACUUUUGAAGAAUGGGAUCAGUAUCCACUAUAUCAGUAAUGCAGUAAUUAUAUCUGGUUCUAUGGAUAGAUCAUGUUCAAAAAAUGUUACUGAAGAAGUGUCAGAUAUAGACCAAAUGUUAUAUGAC